AUGGCCUACGAAAAAUCAGUCGAUAUCACUGACAUCAACAGGUUGAUGUUCAAGUGCCCAUGGCUGGAAUAUCCAGAAAGGACCAAAGAACUCAGAAGAGCCACAGCUCCUGUUCUCCUGCCUUUGUCCUGCCACCAGAUGCCAAAGGAGGAGUUUCCCCCAAGUCCGGAGUGCUGGAGGCAGCACCCGAGCAAGCCCAACUCCGUACCUUACUGCUACUCCCAGAAGCCUGAGAUCUACACACACUGGCACACCCUGUAUGAUCAGCGAAAGGAACGGGAGGCCCAGAAGAUAUUGUGGAAAAUGAGAGAUCACCCUAGGUACCUCAAAGAGGGUACCAUCAUCCAAAAACUCCAUCUCCCCAUGAGCAAGCUGAUUAUAAAAUCUCAGAUGGAAUCCAAGCCCUUAGACCCUACUGGGGACCCCCUGAAGUGGCAAAGAUUAAAGGAACUCACAGAAAGCCUGAAAUCUCCCAGGGAUGAUGAGCAGCUCUAUGCAGCACAGGCUCUGGGGUGCCUGGGAGUCAGAGACAAGUUUAUCAUGGAAGCACUAUGGCAGGUGGCCCAAACUGGCCCAGAGAAAGUGAAGUAUGAGGCCUGUCGAACCCUGGCCAUCCUGGGCUGCCUGAAUAAGCACGUGAUCCAAGUUCUCAUCAAGCAGUUGAAGGGGCGAAAUGAGGGGCGAAGGAAGGAUACUCUGACAGCGCUACGGGCGGCUCUGAAGUCCUGGGCUGCUGGCCCCAAAGACCAGCGGACUCAGGUCGAGGAAGAAGAGAAGCUGGUGCCUGUGCUGCAGAGGCUGAUAAAGAAGUCAGUGAACAAGACAGCGGUGGAGGCGGCCCUGUGCUUGGGGUUCCUCAGGCCCUGUAGCAACACAGCCCGAGAGUUCCUGCUGCAGUGCCUGUGCCAAGGGCCAAAGACCCAGCAGAUGAAGGCACUCAGUAUGCUGGUCAAGAUAAUGGGCGUGUGCUCAGCCACAGUCAUCAGGACCAUCCUAGACCAGCUGUGCCAUUCCAGUGUCCUUGAGAACCGUUUUGAAGCCGCCCAGAUGCUCAAGACCAUUGGGCUGGAACAGAUCCAGGCAGAGGGCCUGGAAGGACUCACAUUUGACCUGCUCAGGAGGAAGACGUAUGAUGAACCCUUCUUCGCUGUGAGGCAGGCUGUUGCUGAAACUGUGGAAGAGCUCAAGAUGAAGCCCACGAUGAUGAACUUGGUGGAGGCGCAACUGAUGAGCUCAAAUGCCCUUGCACGCCAGGAAGCAGUCAUCUCUUUGGGCGUCCUGGGGAUCCGCAGCCCACAAGUGUUCCAUUUGGUCCUGGACAUGCUGGAUGUGGAAAAGAACCCAUCUGUGAAGAAGAGUCUACAAGAAACAUUAAUUCUUUUGGCCUCAAUUGAUCCCUGGAUCCAAAACAAGCUGAAGAACAAGGUUCUCUUUGUGUAUGAGCCUAAGACCAGCACGAACGUAGAGCUCACAAGGUUCUGGAAAGAGCCUGAGAAACCAGAAGAGUUAAAUAUCCAAGACUUUCAAUGUGCACAGCUGAACCCCUUGUUUCUUACAAAGUCCAGUGCCACGUCAGACCAACAGAAAAAGUUAAAUGCCCAGAAAGGGUCUGGUACCUCUGCCUUCCCGUCCUGUUUCUCUAAACCACAACAACUCAAGUCACAGGCCACAGGGUCCUGGACACCAGGGAUCAGGAAACAGCUCCAGAUUCUUGCUGAGACUUCCAAUUAG